AUGUCUUUCACACCUCCUAAAUCAUCAAGCAAGUUCCAAUAAAUGAUAAACAUACCAUUUGUAGAUAAAUUCUAAAAAACAUUCAGCGAUGUUGAAAUGUAAUGCGUGCAAAGAAAAUUAGAUUUUGGUGAAAUGGAUUUACAAUCAAAAAAGUCUAUUAAUACUUUUAGAAUAAACAAAAUACAUAAACCAACCAUAGGUAAACUAAGAUGA